UGCCUGUGCGGGUCAAUUGCGCUGGCUACCUAUGGAAAGGAAUCACAAACCCAAUUUCCCAAUUUCUUCUUUUACUCAGCAUCAGAUCUCCGUCUCAACAGGUUGAAUGUGAUCUGGUGUUACUUAAGCUGGCGGGGCUACCAAGCAGCCAAAUACUGGCCUCUUUUUAGGAUUGAAAGGACCCCAUUCUAACCAAGAAGGAGUUGGCUCUGCAUCCCUCUAAUUGAAACAGAGUUGCAUGGAUUUCUCUGCUUAAAGUGUUCAGUAGAGAAAUAGUGCAACUUUGAUUUGGAGCUUCAUCCUGUGUUGUAUCUGAUUUAUGUGCAUAAAAGACAAAUUUGAGAUAAUUUAUCCACAAGAGUUGUGUGCUUAGUUAUGGAAUCAUUGUGGAAGCUUUUAUAUUUACUUGAGCCUGCCCCUGUUACUCUCAUGGUUACAGCAGUGGCUGUGACAUUUGGAUCUGCAUUUCGUGCUCUGAAUUAUGGGAAAGAAAUGGAGCGGAAUCGUGACUUGUCAGAAGCAUCAAUUACUUUAGAUAGGUCCCAAGCACUAAUGAUUCCAGUAAUGAGCUCUUGUAGCUUGCUUUUGAUGUUUUACCUGUUUUCUUCUGUCUCACAACUCCUGACUGCCUUCACAGCUGUUGCCUCUGUUUCAUCCCUUUUCUUCUGUCUAUACCCACAUGUUGCCUAUUUGAAAUCACAAUUUGGUUUGGCUGACCCAUAUGUGUCUCGGUGCUGUUCAAAGUCAUUCACCAGAAUACAAGGGUUAUUACUGUUGGCAUGCUUUGUUACAGUUGCUGCUUGGCUUGUUUCAGGGCAUUGGAUAUUGAACAAUUUGUUAGGUAUCUCCAUCUGUAUCGCAUUUGUUAGUCAUGUGCGCCUUCCAAACAUCAAAAUAUGUGCGAUGCUUCUUGUAUGUUUGUUCGUGUAUGACAUAUUUUGGGUUUUCUUCUCUGAAAGAUUUUUUGGGGCUAAUGUCAUGGUAUCGGUAGCAACACAGCAAGCAUCAAACCCUGUUCACACAGUUGCUAAUAGUUUGAGUCUUCCCGGCUUACAAUUGAUUACAAAGAAGCUAGAGUUGCCCGUAAAGAUUGUUUUUCCAAGGAAUUUGUUGGGUGGUGCAUCACCUGGUGGGAGCACAGCAGACUUCAUGAUGCUUGGUCUUGGUGACAUGGCCAUUCCUGCCAUGCUUCUAGCAUUAGUCCUUUGUUUUGAUCAUCGAAAGAGUAGGGAAACAGUAAAUCUUUUAGAUUUACAUUCCUCAAAGGGGCACAAAUACAUAUGGUAUGCGCUUCCUGGGUAUGCUAUUGGACUAGUGACUGCUCUAGCAGCUGGCAUUUUGACCCACUCACCUCAACCUGCUCUUCUUUAUCUGGUACCUUCGACAUUGGGACCUGUAAUUUUCAUCUCCUGGUUAAGGAAGGAACUAGUUGAAUUAUGGGAAGGAACCAUGCUAAACCUCAAUGAGAAGGCAAGACAAAUAGAAGUCUGAGCCAUCUCUUCAUAUGAUCCAAGGCCACAUAAGGGCAUGCAUAGCCAUUUGGUUGUAUAUUCCUUUGAAAAGUAUAGUAUAUCAAGAAUUCAAUGUUUUACUUUGUUGAAUCCAACUUUGAUUAUGAAAUAUUUCCCCAAUGGAAGGCAGAAAGCAAACUUGGUGAGCCAAGCUGUAGCAUAUUGCAAGAGCAAUUAUUUACUUUUUGAUGCUCUCUGGUUUGCCAUUUUUGCUCGA